GAGGAGGGGCCUGGCUUCUUCGUUUACACGCCGGGCGGCGACCUCUAUGUGGAGAGCCUCUCGGACUACAGCAGCAGCGCCCUGCUCACAGGGCGUAAGGGCUACCCUGCCGGCGUGCCUCAGGCGGCGGUGCUGGAGGGGGCCGUGGCGGAGGACAUCACGGAGGCCGUGGACUGGCGUGGCCGGCGGCUGCCGCUGCCGCCGCACUCGGUGGUGCACGCGCCGCGCGUCCGCCUGCGUGGGAAGCAGGAGCCCGCGGCGCUCCCGCUGCCGCCGCCUGCCGAGCCGCCGCCCGUGGGCGGCGCCGCCACCCCCCCCUCGGCCCCCGAGGGUUUCGCUUGGCUGAGCAGCGACCUGGCCGCGCCCCCGGGAGAGUUCGCCUUCGGCACCGAGGUGCUCCUGGGCUCGGACUCCUGCAGGCGGGGGCGCUUCGCUAUCGUCACGGACGCCUCUGGGAACCACCACCCCGUGGAGCUGGUGGAGAUCAGCGGCGCUGGCGAGCGGCGGGGGGCGAAGCUGCGCGGUGCGGCCCGCAACCGCGGAGGCGAGGGUGCUCUGGAGCGGCGCCUGCUUGGUGACAGCCCUCCUCCUGAUGGCCCGGCGGCUCUCGGCCGCUCGCCGCCCCUUGGACAGGAGGGCCCGGGCGACGAUCUUCGUGCGUGCUGGAUCGACUACGACGACGCUGGGAUCCGUUUCAAGGAGUGGCGCAAGGUCCUGCACGAGGCGACCCAGGAGAGCCUGCAGACCGCUGGCCUCAAGGGGCCCCCAGUGUGCCUCGCCAUCUGUAGGAAGUUCUUCAAGCGCGGCGGGGAUCCGAAGGCGUGGUUCGCCGAGUGGGCCCGCGAGGUGGGCAUCGCCAGGAAGGACAGGUCCUGGCACGAGGUCGAGUGCCUGAUCGAGGCACUGUGGCAGGCGGGCACCUUCGACCAACUCAACAUGGGCGCCGUCGCGGCGCUGGAGGUGGUGCCCCGCCGGCUGCUGCAGUGCGUGGAGGCGUGUGCGAAGGGCGCCGACAACCCAACUGGAGCGCGGUCGACGGAGAUGCUGCUGGAGGAGCCGAAGGUCGAGGUCGGGGACGCGGUAGAGGCGGCCGUGGGCGUGGUGGCGGGCGGGCGGCGCCGGCGGCUGCUUCGUGACAUCGAGGCGGCGAUCGACGCGCUGAAUUGGAUGCGUGGUAGCGCCUACCGCCCGACCCCCCACAGGAUCUCAUCGGCGACCGAGCGCAAGAUUUUGGGCCUUCAGGCUGAUGUGCGGCAGCGCGUUGUUGAAGCGGCAGCCCGCUGGAGCGACGUUGACAGCGCCGUCAGCGAGCGUGGAGCCUUGGCCAGGCUCUUGAAGGGGCGCUCAGGAGUCGGAAUUAAUUCGAUGCAUGAAGGGGUGCCGGGCUGCCAUGCCGACCCCGGGCUGCAGAAGAAUCCCCGCGCCUACGGCCGCCUUGUGCGGAGGGCCGCGGACAUCGGCCUGGUGAUAUUCACUCGUGAUCCCGCCUGCGUUCUGGGCGUGUUCUUUGUCACCAAGAAGGCCGACAAGCUCAGGUUGAUUGUGGAUUGUCGUCGUGCCAACCAACUGUUCCACAAGCCCCCUGGCGUCGCCCUCCUGAGCGGCGAGGGGCUGGCCAGGGUGGAGAUCGACGACUCCGAGGGCUUGCUGGAUGGGCUCCCUUUGCACCUGGGGGUCGGAGACGUGGCCGAUUGUUUCCACAGGAUGAGGUUGACGAAGACUGCGGGCGGCGACAUCCGCCGCUACUUCUGCUGGCCACCGUUGGCGGCACGGCAUGCAGGCCUCACCGAGCUCGACGGCGUCCCGCUGGAGCCAGGCCAGAAGAUCUGGCCGAUGUGCGCCAGCCUACUGAUGGGUUUUUCGUGGUCGCUGCAUUUUGCCCAGACCGCUAACUCAGUUCGUCUGGGACGUCAGCCUUCGCUGGUCCGAAGCCAGGAGCUCUCGGACCGCGGGCCCUCCCUGGUGUUCGGCGGCUCCCGCGUCAUGGAGCAGGCCGGCCACUGCAUGUACGUGGACAACGCUGGCGUCAUGUCCUUCGACGGCGGUCUGGUUCGACAGGCUCUCGCCGAGGCUCAGCGGGACUUCGACCACGACGCGCUGCGCUUCCACGAGAUGGAGGUCCUUGAGCACGGUGGGAGUUCGCUGGGGUGGCACCUGGACGGCGACAGCCGGCUGGCCCGCCCCGGCAGUCGGCGCUUCGGUUUGGUGCGGCAGGGCGUGCGCGCUCUGCUGCGGCUCAAGAAGAUCGCCGGCUGGCAGCUGGAGGCGGUCCUGGGCCACAUCACCUUCCUGUGUCUCAUGCGGCGCGAGCUCCUCUCGAUCUUCCACGUCGUGUACCGCUUCGUGCGGGAGUCCUGCGGCAAGUUCCAGCCGCUGUGGGCCUCUGCCCGAGAGGAGCUCGUGGCCUUCGUGGGGGCGAUGGUCUUCAUCGAGGCCGACUGGGGGCAGCCCUGGGCGCCCUACGUUUACGCUAGCGACGCCAGCCUCCACGGCUUCGGGGUGUCGCAGUCCCUGUGGUCGACCGCGGACGUCGCAGCUGUUGGGCGCGUGCCCGAGGUCAGCCGCUAUCGCCUGGGCGGCGCCCGCGCCCGUGAGCACGCCUUCGAGGUGGCUGGCUUCAGGGUCGACCCAGAGAGCGGCGAGGUGGAGCGCGACUUCUUGGGGCGGCCCGUGCGGCUCGACAGGGGGGCGCGCGAGAUCUUGGAGGCUGCGCGCUGGGAGCGCAAUGGUGACUUCCCCGAGGUGCCCAGCAGCCUGCUGGCGAAGGAUCGCUGGCGCUGCUGGACUGCCUCGGGGGCCAGACAGACGACGGAGGUGGCACUGGCUCGCACCCGCGUCUUGACUCUGGAGCGGGCCCUGAGCGACCGCCUGUUGGUGCGCUCGGAGGCGUCGAGUCCGAGGGGGCACGCCGGCGUCGAGGAGAGCACCGAGACCUUUCUGGCGCGGUGCGCGGAGGAGCUCCCAGCGGGCCUGGGGCCAGGCCCGCGGGCCGACGCGCCCGCCCGCGGGGGUGCCGAGGCCGCGGGCGCCAGCGAGCAGAGCGACGACUCCUCGGGCCCCGAGGAGAGGGCGGCCGCCGCGGCGCGACGGCGCUGCCUGAGCCUGCGCGGGAAGGGCCACGUGCGUCAGGCCCUCGCCGCGCUGCUGGACGGCGGGCCGCUCUCAUCCCGCCUCGCGCCGCUGGAGGCGAGGUCGGUUGCGCCGGCGGCUGCUGCCCAGUACCGCCAGCGCGUCCAAGAGUUCUUGAGCUGGCACCACUCCUCGGACGCGAUCCUGGACCACCCCGCGGAGCUCGACGCCGCCCUGGUGUUCUUCAUGAACCGCGAGUUCGAGAGCGGGCACAAGAGUUGGAGGGGAGAGAAGCUUCUGGCGGGCGUGAUCUUCCAUCGACCUCAGUACGGGCGGCAUGGAGCGGACCACCUUCCUCGCUCUCUCCGGGCUCUGAAGGGAUGGUGCAAGGCGUCGCCAUCUCACUCGAGGCGGCCCAUGACGAUCGGGAUGUGGGCCGCGAUCUGCGUGGAGAUGGCCCGCAUGGGAUAUCUCCUGGCCGCCGCCCUGUCGCUGGUGAUGGUGGAGUGCUGCCUGCGGCCGGGGGAGAUGCCGGGCCUCGCGCCGAGGUCCUUCCUGCCGCCGGCCCCCAGCGGGGUGACGAGCUGGGUGCUGCUGCUGUUCCCCCAGGAGGGGAACCUGAGGAGCAAGACAGGGGAGAGCGACGACAGCAUCCCCCUCGACUCCCGCAGGUUCGUCUGGAUGGACAGCGUGUGCCGCGUGCUCUCCCGCCGUCGUGGAUCGGACCGCCUCCUGGGCUGGACCUACCGCGAGUACGUGUCGGUCUUCAGGAGGGCUUGCGCGCGCCUGGGCUGGGCGGUGGUGCCGUGCCAGGGCCGACGCGCAGGGGCCAGUGCGGACCGCGCGGAGGGCCUGCGGACCCAGGAGCAGGUGAUGAAGCGGGGCCGCUGGCAGGCCCUGAGGAGCGUCCGCCGCUACGAGAAGGCGGGGCGCGUGAAUCAGGCGUGGAACGAGCUCAGUCGCGAGGGUCAGGACCACGUGGCAGUCUGCCUGCGGUCCCUGGAGGGCAUCUUCCUGCAGGGCGCCGCCUCGCCGCUGCCGCCGCGG